AUGCACAGCAAACGGCAGUCCCCCAAAGCCUGUAUCUUCACAUCAUUUGGCCAGCCACCUCUGAUGGAUUUGGCCGAUGAAGACUUCGACUUUCUGACAAAUGAAGACAAAGAUUUCGUGCAAACUCUCAGGCGGCGCUUUCACGACGACUUCGCGCAGCGCGAGGCUGAUGGCCGCGCAUACCCUUGCUUCUUCGGGCCGAUUGCCCUGGCUCGCAUUCUUCGGGCAGUUGAUGGAAACGUGGAGAAGGCUUGCGAGUGGUUUCAGGCCUUUCUCCAGGCCAUCUCCGAGCGGGGUGCCGAGGACUUAAUACAGGAUGUGAUCCGUCGCUUCGAAGCCGCGAAGUCCGAGACGAUUCACGCCAGCAUGCUCCCACACUACGAUGCCGUCAAGGACUUCUAUCAUGCAGAGCUCCAUGCAUUGCAGCUUUCGCCAGACGGCGACAUCAUCAUGUAUCUCCCGUUGAUUGACCAUGACAAGAAUGGCAUCAUGGAGCAUAUGGACUGGGACCAGUGGGUCACCUACAGCAAGGCGGGCACUGUGCUUCAGUGCUUGGCGUUGGACUCCCUUAGCAAACGCACUGGCCGGAUCGCGAGAAUCGUCCUUGUCGUUGACAUGGAAGGAUGCUCGCUGGACCUUGCGAUGAAUCGGACAUUUUUGCGAGCUCACAGGCGAGAUGUUGUGGACUGCUUCCAACAGAAAGUGGCAGCUGAGAUAGUCGCCAAUGUCUAUGUGAUCAAUUUACCAUGGACGCUUGCGAACCUCUUCACCCUGUGUAAAACCUUUGUGCCGGCCAAGUUUUUGCAAAAGGUGAGGGUGCUGAGCGGCGACUCCCUGCGGGAUUCCUACAAGGAGCUGCACUCUUUGGAUCUUUGGCCAGAGACGGAUGAGCUGGAGCUGGUUGGAAGGCUGCGUGCAAAGUUUGCUGACGAAUUCGAGCGGCGUGCGCAGACUGGGCAGGACUGGCCCUGCCUGUUUAGCGACUUGGCGCUGGCUCGCGUCCUGCGCGGCAACGAGGGCUACUUCUCAGAAUCGGUUAACUGGUUCCAGAAAUUUCUCGAGAAGAUGGCAGAACACCAGGUAGACCCUCUUGUUUCGAAAAUGACACAGAGACUGGAAGAGUCUGGCCUGGAUCGUGGAUGCACGUCGAUGCUCCCCCACGCCUCGGAGAUAGAGAAGCACUUUCGCUGCGUCUUUUCGGCGCCGAGGCUGACUCCCUCUGGGGAUGUGAUUUGGUAUGUGCCGCUGGGUGAUUUUAAUCGGGAAUCCUUGGUCGAGGAGGUGGACUGGGCGCACUGGGUGGAGUUCCUGCGAGCGAUGGUCAUUUUGCGCGCUGUGGAGGCCCACAAGCUCAGUGAGAGCCAGGGGCGCAUGGUGAAGUGCAUCAUGAUCCUCGACUUGCACGGUAGCGGCACCACUGCUACCGGUUUUCCCAAGGUUGAGGAGUUCGACGAUAGGAACCAAGCCAACAUGAAGUUUAUGCGCCAGGUCGUGAUCGAGGUUCUGGGCCCAGUGUAUGUCCUCAACGCACCUUGGGUAGCCGUGAAGGCCUUCAACUGGUUCAAAGCCCUGGUGCCGGAACGGUUUUCUCGAAAGCUGAUGCUUCUGGACGGAGAUGGCACAUCCGAUCAGGAUUUCUUGGAGCUGGUGUCCGAGUCGCAGUUGAAGCACCUGCUUGCCACACGCGUCGGUCUUGUAUCUGGGGAAACCGAUGCGAAUUCUGGCGAUGCCCUUGUGGCAGCAGGCGAUUGCUUUCAACGAUGCCGGGAGUUACGGGCCGGAGAGACAAUUUCUUGGUCCUUCUCAGUUGUUGCCGGAGAUGGAGACGCAUGGCUUGGUGCGUCUGACAUCGAGUUCUCGGCCUCCUUGUGGCUUCAUCCGGAAUUUGCUCAAGACGAGCAGCCGGAGGAAGAGAAUCUGGUGGUUGAAGCCGUUAUCGUGCAAGCUUCGAAAGGUGAAGUCUCCGGAAAGUACACGGCUUCUCGAGAUGGCGUUAUCACUCUACGCUGGAGCAAUGAGCACAGCCGACUUCGAUCCAAAACGGUUCGGUACAGAAUCGACUUAUGA